AUGAGGAGUAUGGAGUGAUGAAGGAAUUUUCAGAAGGACACAUGGAAGUAACAAUGGAACCACCAGAGAGAUGUCCUCGCCCUCUGUAUUCCGGGAAUUCCAUACAGGAAGAUCACAACUAUGCAAAAUCAGAUCAGAUUCAGAGUGGAAACCUAGGGGAUGAUAAUAUUGAUGUUAAAGAAGAGUAUAAAGAGAAGGAUGAACAGUGUAGGAUGAUGAAGGAGUUUUCUGAAAGACGCAAGGAUUUCACCAUCCCUCACCAUCAUCAGAUGUUAUCUUCUGUCUUUCUACUGGUUUCGGAUGAAGGUAUUAUAAAAGUUGGAAGUGACGUAGAAGGGAUGUACUUGAAGGAUGAUCAGCAGUCUAUGGAGGAGGCUGGAAUGACGAGGACAUUCAAAGAGGAGGACACUCCUACAGAGAUCAGCACAGGACACGCCAUGGAGAAACCCUCAAAGGAUCCUCCCUUUUUGUGGAAAAUACAAAAUGGGGACAUCACAAGAGACUGGGCAGGAGAAAACAUAAUGCUCUCCACUAUGGAUGGAGGACUUCACAGUGUGGAUAGACCAUGGAAUCCCUCUGACUCUGAGCAACCUCGUACUGUGAGGGGUGGGUCCGGGAUUCAGGGGGAGGAGAAAUUUCCCUGUGCUGAACGUGAGGAAAGUUUUAGCUCUGAAUUAAGUCAGCAUAGAAAUCAUGUCGGUGAGAAGCUGUAUUACUGCUCUGAGUGUGGGAAAUAUUUUCAAUGUACAUCACAACUGGUCAGACAUCAGAGAUCUCACACGAUGGAGAGGCCGUAUUCCUGUCCUGAGUGUGGGAAAUGUUAUCCACGGAAUUCAACACUUAUCCGACAUCUAAAAUCCCACACGGGGGUGAAGUAUUCCUGUCCUGAGUGCGGAAAAUGUUAUGCAGAGAGGUCCCAUUGUUACAACCAUUAUAGAACUCACUUUGACAGGUUGCAGUAUUCUUGCUCUAAGUGCGGGCAGCUUUUUCCGGUGAAAUCAGCACUUGCCCGACAUCUAAAAACCCACACGGGGGAGAAGCCGUAUUCCUGUCCUGUUCCUGUGGUAAAUGUUUUUCAGUGAAGUCCAGUUUAAACAGACAUCAGAUCAUUUACACAAGCAAGAAGACUUGAACUUGCCCUUAGCGUGGGGAAUAUUUUUCACAGAAGUCCCGUAUUUACAGACAUCAGAGGGUUCACAUAGGUGGAAGACCUACUCUUUCACAAAGUAUGGGAAAUGUUCUGAAAGAAGUCUUGGUUUUACAGACGUCAGAGAAUUUACACGGGUGGAAGAACUUUUUCCUGCUCCCAAAGUGCAAAAAAUUAUUCUCACAGAAACCCCAUCUUUGCAGACAUCAGAAGAUUUACACGAGCAGAAGACCUAUUCCUGCCCAGAGUGCUAGAAGUGUUCUCACAGAAGUCCCGUCUUUACAGGUGUCAGAGGAUUCACAUGGGGGAGAAGCCAUAUUCUUACGCUGAAUGAUGGGUUUCCAGCCAACAAACAUCCCACAGAAACCCUCAAGAUGUAUUUAGCACAUCAAAUUAGAAAAAUAUGUUCUGUAACAGGCUCAGACCGGGACACGGGGGGCCCACCAGAGAAAGUUUGGUUUUUGGGCCCACCUUCCAGACCUGUUAAAUUUCCCAACACGACACAAAAAUAUGUUCUUCCAACAACAUCGUCUAUACUCCCGAUGCCAGAACUUGACACAAAACUGUUUUACCGUUCCAUUGUUUUUAUUACACAAAUACAGUAUAUAGAGAAUCUGCCUACAAGGGCUUAGAAACGUUUAUUCCCUGAAAAUAUUCAUGUUAUUAAAGAUAUACAACCCCAA